UCUUCUUCAUUUCACGCUAAUGAAUCAGCGAAGAUUAUGUCCUUAAUUAAAAUCCCUUCAAAAUUUGGAAAGUGAUCAACAAGAAAAGCAUUCUAGAAAACACAAAAGCAAGUCUUCCAUGGCAGCAAGAGAGAAGAAAGGCCCUCAUGCCAUACUCAUAGCUUAUCCACUUCAAGGCCACCUCAUCCCUUCAGUGCACCUCGCCAUCAACCUCGCAUCACGAGGCUUCACCAUCACCUUUGUCAACACCUACUCCAUCCACCACCAAACCACCAAAGCCAUCAACGGCAACUGCAGCGGCGAAGAUAUCUUCGCCGCGGCACGUGAGUCCGGCCUUGACAUACGGUACGAUACCGUGUCGGAUGGCCUCCCCGUGGAGCUGGACAGGUCACUCAACCACGACGAGUUUAUGUCGGGAUUGGUGGACCUGAUGCCAGCUCACGUGGAGAAACUGGUGGCGAAGAUCAUGCAACAAUCUUCGCCACCUGUUACAUGCUUAGUGGUGGACACUUUCUUUGUAUGGGGAUCACCCAUAGCCAAGAAGUUCGGCUUGCUUUGCGUUUCGUUUUGGACAGAGCCUGCUUUGGUUUAUACGCUUUACUACCACAUGGAUCUUCUUAAGAAAAAUGGUCAUUUCGCUUGCCAAGAUAAUAGGAAAGACCCAAUUGAUUACAUACCUGGAGUAAAAACAAUUGAACCAAAAGAUCUAACGUCAUAUCUUCAAGAUGAUGAUGCAAACACAUGGCUGCACCAAUUAAUUUUUGCAGCCUUCAAUGAUGUUAGAGGUGCAGAUUUUGUGCUAUGCAACACGGUGCAAGAGCUAGAGCCACAAGUCAUAGAAGCCCUACAAUCUUAUAAACCAUUCUACGCUAUUGGACCCAUUUUCCCACGUGGCUUCACCAAUAAUGCCACCGUGGCAACUAGCUUAUGGUCCGAGUCUGACUGCACCCAAUGGCUCAACUCCAAGCCUCAUGGUUCGGUUUUGUAUGCAUCUUUUGGUAGCUAUGCCCACAUCACAAAAACGGCCCUUUGGGAAAUUGCAAAUGGGCUUUUGCUUAGUAAUGUGAGCUUUGUUUGGGUGCUUCGGCCCGAUAUUGUGAGCUCGAACGAUGUCGAUCCGCUGCCCGUUGGAUUUAAAGAGGCAGUUCGUGGCCGUGGGAUGAUCAUACAUUGGUGUAGUCAAACCCAAGUGUUGACUCACCCUGCUAUUGGAGGGUUUUUGACUCAUUGUGGUUGGAAUUCUAUAUUAGAAAGUAUUUGGUGUGAGGUUCCGUUAUUGUGUUUUCCUCUAUUGACUGAUCAAUUCACUAAUCGAAAAUUAGUGGUUGAUGAUUGGAAGAUUGGGAUUAAUUUGAUUGAUAAUCAAAUGGUUGUCACUAAAGAAGAGGUGUUGAAGAAUGUCAACCGUUUCAUGGAUGAAAAAAUAAGGAACCAAUUGAAGGCCACAAUGGGAGGCAUCAAGAAGAAGUUGGAGUAUGCGUUGGGUCCUGGUGGAUCUUGUGAGAAGAAUAUGGAAUGCUUUGUCAAGGAGUUGAAUGCCAAAUCCAACAUUAUUGCAAGUGUUUCCACCGAUUAAUUAGUUCAAAGUGCUUCCAUGCAUCUUGUUCUUGGCUAUUAAAUAAUUCAAAAGCACCAAAUUGUUGUAUUAUUUACUUAGCUUCUUUCUAGUUUUGUUUUAUAAAGUUAAAGUGUUAAUA